GCACGUUCAGCAAUGCACGGUAUAAUCGUGAAUCGGAGAGUUGUGUACUGCAGCUAUAUCAUGAAUACUUUUAUAUAAGAAUAGGCCUACAUCAAAUAUUGUUUUCUAUAUGCAUCUACGCUAUUUCAUGAUCCGGGCCUAGAACGUACACUUCCGCCCAUUGGGUCCAAAGUUUCUGAUGACGUAGCGAGCGAUCGAGUAGGGCACGUACUGAACGUCAAUGCGGUAGUGGAACGAAACGGAAGAACACAGGUUGGAAAGGGCUGUGGAUUUUUCAAUCCCGUUUACAAAACUGUCUCCAACCGGACCUCUACGAAUUUUAGGAAAGCCAGAGGCCGCUAUACAACAUGGGAAACGCAGAGAGCGGCUGCGGAGGUGGUAGUGGGGACGAGGAGGAUGUCGAAGCCGAGAGCCCCGGGUUCGCGGAAGGCAGUCCGGCCUCUGCGGCCACGGGCGUCGGCGUUGCUAACAGUGGAGGCUCUGGUUCUGGAAGGAGUGGAAGAGGAUCGAAUAACCCUCCAGUGCCGGGCUGCGGACCACCUACCCCAGGGGUGCUUUUAGAGCAGGUCAAACUGAGGGAGGCGGCGGCCCGCAUUAGCGACUCGGGGGUCGCCAUUCCUGAGUCGGUCCUGGCCGGGAAUGAGGGCGUCCUGGUGCGGUGGCUCGAGGACCGGUUGAGCCGGGGAGAGGAGUCUGUAAAUGUGGAACAAUUUUGCGAGAUGCUCGAGAGCCGAGACGCUCCGCGAGAUGAGUGCGAAGAGGCCUUUGGUCAGUUUGACGCAGAGGGAGAUGGCGUGGUGGACGUUGAGAACAUGCUGAUGGCUCUGAAGAACUCCAACGGGGCCAAUCUACAGGGAGAGCUGAGUCACGUGAUCCGACAACUCCAGGCAUGCACCCUAACCCCAGGAUUCGUUGACAUAUUCUCCAAGUCCAAAGACCGAUUGGGAGCGCACGCCUCAAAGAUCCUGAAGUUCCUCCACAGGAACCGUAUUCCCAGUAGUGCCAUCCCUUUCCCUGUUCUAGAGGGAUACAACAGCAUUUGUACCAUGAGGUCUACCGUGGUGCAGGACUUCCUAGAGUUCCUCCUUCAGAAGGAGAAAGACUUAGACAUCCAGUACAGGGCAGAGUUGAACCGGGACCCAGAGGUGGAUAAAGUGAAGGUGGUCACACAGUGCUACAACUUCAUUGAAGCUUCGUCCAAUGCCGCGGACAUUCACAAGAUGACCAACGGAGAGACUGUGACCUUCUGGCAGUCAGACGGCAGCGCCCGCUCACACUGGAUAAGGUUGAAGAUGAAGCCGGACGUGGUGCUGCGUCGCCUGGCCAUCGCCGUGGCAUCCAACGACCACAGCUACAUGCCCCAGCUGGUGUCAGUGGCCGUGGGCAAGAACCGGCGAUCGCUGCAGGAGAUCAAGGAUGUGCGCAUCCCCUCCAACGUCACAGGUUACGUGGCCCUGCUGGAGAACGCCAACAUCACUCACCCCUACAUCCAGAUCAACAUCAAGCGGUGCCUGAGUGACGGUUGUGACACGCGGAUCCACGGGCUGAAGACCCUGGGCUACCAGAUCACCAAGAGUAAAGAGGUGUCUGUGUCUGAUGCCUCGGCUAUCUGGUACCUGUCACUGCUCACCUCCCUGGUCACAGCCUCAAUGGAGACCAACCCUGUCCUGGCACAGACUGUCCUACAGAGCACACAAAAAGCCUUAAAGCACAUGCCACCACUGUCCUUAACGCCAUCGUCCACCGAGUUCCCCAAGUUCUUCUCCAUGAACAUCCUCGAGGAGGUGGACGGGUUCCUGCUCAGAAUAGCAGAUUGCUGUGUGACCCCUGAUGCAGAACUGACCCUGUUGGCCUUUGCCCUGGCCCGGGGCAGUGUGGCUAAGAUCCUCCAAUCCCUGUCUGGUAUCAGUGAGCACCUGGAGGCAGAGUACAGAGCCUCGUCCCUCAUCUCCUCGAUGGCCACAGUCAGACUGCGCCUGCUCUAUCGCAACGGGAAGACCCUUCAGUUGCACCUGCAGGCCUGUGAUGUGAAGGGCAAAGAGGAGAAGUCGGGACCAGAGAACAUGCUGACUGAAUCCGCCGCCACUGGAGACGGGUUUCUUACAGAAAGUGGUAAGAAGAGAGCUAGUGUGAUCCUGUCUACAGAAGACCAGAGCAACUUCCAGGUCACUCAGAUGAAGGUUAAAGUCCGUAAAGGUGCCAUUGGAGCAAAGUGUGGCCUGGUGUUUGCCUACAGUGAAGGAGACACCUUUGAUGCAGAAAAACACUUCAAGAGGUUUAAGAAGUAUGACUCCUGGAACUACAAGGACUACAAGGAGUUUGUGCAAGACAAUCUGAGGAUUCCACUGCAGGCGGAGGAUGAGCCCAUUGGCUGGUUUGAGCUGGAGGAUGACUGGAACGAUGUGGAGAUCAAACUGCAGACUUGUCGCGUUGCAAAGUUCCUGAUGGUGAAGUUCCUGUGUGCGCGGCAGGACAGUGCAGAGCGUCUGGGCGUCCAGUCUCUGUCCUUCAGUGGGUACCUGUGUCCCGGGGCCGAAAGGCUGGAUGAUCUGGACGACCUGAGCCCACAAGGAGAUGGCUCAGAGGGGGACAUGGUCACUGGACUCACCCUGCUCAAGAAGACCCUCUUCUUCAUCCAGCAGCUCACACGAGACAUGGUACCCACUGAUGUGUCCCUGUUCAAGCAGAAGUUUCUACUGGAUUUCAGUGGCCUCAACCUCAUCCUGUUCUGGAGCUUCUAUAACAAACUCCGGGAGAUUGAGGGAGAGGAGGUGAUGAAGAGCAGAGUGCUGGUGCUCCAGCUGCUCCAGAACUGUUUCGCCGUGCUGCCCAGCCCCAGCUCGCUGGAAUUCAGGGGCCUAGAGGAGAGCAGGGGGACUGCUGAUGGAGCAGUAACCUCAGCAUCAGCCUCCGCAUCCCCGUCCACAUCCAGCAGUAGCGAUCCAGACUCUGCCAGGGCAGUGUGGGAGCUCUACACCCACCUCUGUCAAAUUGUAGAUGGUCCGGAAGCUGAGGGGACUGUGGACAAAGCCCUGAGGAAGGAGGCAGUGAAAGCCGUUCUGAACGGAGCGGCCAUCUUCUUCCCAGACAAACAAAGCAGAAGAGACAAACUUUUCCACAUGAUGAAAAACAUCACAGAGGAGGAUCAGCCAGAGUCUGUGAAGUUGACGUUUGAAUCGCUUUGUAAUUACUUCAGUGACCAGGAUCCCAGUGGCCUUCUCCUGCUCCCUCCUAAAGGAGCUCCUUCAGACUUUGACAUCAGCCCCAUCCUCAGUGUCAUGGAGACCUUGCUACUGGUGGCCACUCGGGAAUGUGAGGUGAUGAUGGUGGAUGUGAGUGGCGGGGCCAGCAGGAAGGUGCUACUGUCUCUGUUCUGGGCUCUGCAGGGCAGCCUGCUCUCCUGGUGUUACCUGCAACUCAAAGGAGGGGCUGCUGCAGCCCCCACCGCUGCAGACCUGGCCAGAGAUAUUCUCCUCAAAUAUGUGGAUCAGUUCCUGGGCAGCACUAAGACCGUGCUGGGAGACCUGCUGCAGAGAUACAGUGGAGCUGAAAUCACUGACAAACUCAAUGGAUCCAUCCUGGCCAUGGCCACCAGACAGAUGAUGAUCUUCUUGUUGGAGCUGUGUUUCCUGGACAUCCCUCACUGUAUUCUGCUCACCAGUUUCUCCUCUCUGGUUGUGCUGCUGAAAAACCUCUCCAGUGAAACGGCAGACAUCUUCUCUAAGGUGGACCUGGAGAGCUGCCAGCAGCCCCAGCAGCCGGUGGUCCUGAGGACCUGGAACAUGGAGUCUCCUCAUAACUACGAGAACAGCAGACACGAGACCACGAUCUUCGCCUGCCCCGGGGCCACUUCCUUCGAGGUGGAGUUUGACGAACGCAGUGAGACAGAGAAGAGAUACGACUACCUAGAGUUCACAGACGCCAGAGGAGGGAAGGUCCGCUACGACAUGAAGGUCGGGACUGAGAAAUGGCCAAAGAAGGUGACGUUUGAGGCUGGACCCCAGCUGCAGUUCCUGUUCCACUCAGACAGCAGCAACAACGAGUGGGGCUAUAAGUUCACAGUGACGGCCCACGGCCUGCCUGAUAUCACUGUGUCAUGGAUGUCAGACCUACAGCUCCUGGUGGCCCGACUCAUGGGCCGCCUGGCCUCCAGAACCAUGGCCCUCAAAUCGCCCCACGAGAUCCGCAGUGUGAAGGAGCUUCCUGCUGGGAAGAUGGCCCACGUCCUGUCCUCUCCUCUGUGGAAGCCUGUCUUCAGACACGGACUCGUUGAAUCUCCCCACGUCCACACAGAUGAGGUGAAGACAUGCCAGCCAGGUUGUUCUGAUUGUUUCAUGAGAUUCUGUGACGACUUUGGUCACUGGAACCCGACAGAGGAGCCACUAGACAGCAGGACUCAGUUGAUGAAAAGCCUCAUGCUGGCCUGCAAGAAGCAGCCAAUUAGGAACGAGAUAGUUGCGGGGUGGAAGGCUGACAUGGCGGUGAAUGCCAUCUUUGCAGCCAUGAUUUACCACACGCCAGCCCUCAACCAAGCUCUCAGGAUCUAUGUAGCCAACCAGGGUGGUCAGGCGAGUCUGAGUGAAGAGUUUGUGCAGGUCUUCUCACUGGCUGAGAGCAUCAAAACAUGGAUGUUGGAGAUGAAGCAGCGGUAUCUGGUGGGCAAAAUGAAUGUCUCUGAGGAGGAGAAGGAGGAGGGCCACUGUGAAGUAACCAUGGAUGGUCUCGCUGAAAAGGUCCUUGGGAAGGCCAAUCUUUUGUUGAGAUUCCCCCCCAGUGGCGCUUCUUCUCGCUUGGACACCGACUUCUCCAGGGUAGCAGAGGGCAGCGCUGUCCUCCUCCGCUCCACCUCCAUAUCAGAGGGGGACUUCCAGCCGAGCACCUCGUUGGGAACCCAGUCCUCCCAGGCAGCAGGCUCUGAGGUGGGGGGCUGUGAGGCAAGGUCUGGAGCUGUGGGCCCAAUGCCUGGACCAGGCUGCCCUCAUUCUUUCAGGGUCCAUCCCCAAGGUUCGACAGCUUCUGACCCAGGGCCGGGCCCAUCCAGCCAGGGCCUCCUGGGUUCCACAGAGAGCCUGUCUUACCAGCCAGGGGCAGCAGAGCCUGCCUCCCCCUCCACCUUCCCCCGGAAGGCUCCCUCGUUCAGCCGGGGCCGCCUCCGCCUCCUCUCCUUGCGCUCCGUAGAAGAGCCUCGCUCUGCCCCCUCUAUCAAGGAACGCUACCCUCUCCUCAAACACAUCAUCAACUUCAUGAAGGACCAGACACUGACUACUGUCAGUGUCCGGCAGACGCUGUCCUUGAACAAGGCCCAGGCUCAGAGUGUGUGUAAGGUACUGGAGACGGUGCAGCAGUGUUUACUGUCCCUGGGGAAACCACACCUCUUCCAGGCCCCCUGCAUUCUGUUCCUACAGGAACUGCUGGCCUGCCAGAAAGACUUCACCAGUUAUUUCUCCCAGUUGUCUGGAAGUGGGCAGGAGCUGAGAGAGAAGGUGAGGAGGUCCUACCAUCGACUAGUCCUCAUGCUGGUGGAGGCAGUACAAGGCUUCAGCAGUCUCAAUGAGAAGGUCCUGCUGCCUGCCCUUUCCUGUGUUCAGACAUGCCUGCUGCAUCUCCUGGACAUGAGCUGGGAGGUGCAGGACCUCCCCCUGUUCCUCCAGAUCAAACUACCUGACCUCCUCCUCACCAUGUCCCAGGAGAACAUCAGCGUGCACGACAUUGCCAUCAGUCAGUGGACGGAGGAGGAUGAGAUAGCAGACUACAAGAAGAACCGGGACUGGAUGGACGAGUGUGUGGACGGGAUGUUUGAGAAGUGGUAUGACAAGAUCGACGAGGAGGGUUCUAUGGAGGACAGGAGAAAGAUGCACAUGUUCAUAGCUCGUUAUUGCGACCUGCUCAACGUGGUGAUCUCCUGUGAUGGCUGUGAGAGGAUGGCCCCCUGGCACCGGUACCGCUGUCUGCAGUGUAUGGACAUGGACCUGUGCAAGACCUGCUUCCUCAGUGGUGCCAAACCUGAGGGUCACGAGGACGACCAUGAGAUGGUGAACAUGGAGUAUGCGUGUGACCACUGCCAGGGCCUCAUUGUGGGCAGCAGGAUCAACUGUAAUGUCUGUGAAGACUUUGACCUCUGCUUCGGCUGCUACAAUGCCAAGAAAUACCCCGACAGUCACCUCCCGACCCAUCGGAUCACCGUCUGUCCCAUGGUGACCAUCAGGAUCAGUGACCGCCACCGUCUCAUCCAGCCCUACAUCCACAACUACUCCUGGCUGCUGUUUGCUGCCUUGGCCCUGUACACCUCAGACCUGAGCAGCGAGAGACAGCAGGAGGGGGAGCCUCUGGGGCCAGACACCCUGACCCAGGCCUCCGCCCUGCAGACACGCUGCUCACAGCUCAUUACCGAGUGCCUGCUCAAGGGACAGACUGGCAAAGGUCUGCGGUCCUCUGCCCUGCUGUCCCUGCUGGCCUCUAAUGAGUCAGAGAGUGACCUGUGUCCUGAGUCACCCUCCCAGGAGCUCAGCAUCAACACCACCACAGAAGACACAUCCUCUCUGCCUGGCUCCACCACUGCUAUCUGCUCACCACUGCCCUCUAGGGACAAGAGAAAAGCCCAGGGGAAGGAGAAGGAGGUGCUGUCUCCCCCUGCUGCCCUGGAGGUGUGCUCCACGUCAGAGGGAGAAGGAGGACAGGAGAAGGGGAAGAAGAAGCUGGUGAAACAGGACACCCUAGACUCGUCCAGCCUCAGCCAGACCCCGUCUCUGUCCAGCGAGGGAACACUCUCUCCCGUGAUCAGAGCUCCAGAGUCGGUCUCAGAGACCAUCACCUCUCCAACGCCUGAGGACAUAGAAGAGAUGAGAGAGAUGAUGAAGGAGAGGGAUGAGAAGAUGGAGAAGAUGGCCAAGGUGCCCAUCCAGGAGCAUGUGUUUGCAGAGUGCUCCAGAGAGAGGAUCCUGGGGCUGCUAGCUGCCAUGCUGCCUCCAGCCAAACCGGGCUCCACCCUUGCUCUGUCCAGCCUGAGCCCCAUCCUGCCCCAGCUCUUCAGGGUGGUCAUCUCCAAUGCCGGGUGUCUGAACGAGACCUACCACCUGACCCUUGGUCUCCUGGGGCAGCUGCUGCUGAGGAUACCACCCCUGGAGGCGGACGUGGCCGUCAGAGAGGCCCUAGCCGAUAAGUACGAGCUGCUCACCCCUGGAGAGGGGGCUGCCUCCGGGGCUGACACACAGGGCUGGAAGACCACCCAGCUACUUUUCAGCCUGGGGGCUGUCUGUCUGGACAGUCGUAUAGGUCUGGACUGGGCGUGUUCGGUGGCUGAUAUCCUGCGGAGCCUGAACACCUGUCCCCAGUGGAGUGUUGUCAUAGCAGCCUUCACUGACCACUGUGUCCGGCAACUACCACAAACGCUCAAACGUACCAACCUCUUCACCCUGCUGGUGCUGGUCGGAUUCCCUGAGGUGCUGUGUAUGGGCACCCAGUCAGUGUUCAUAGACAAUGCCAACGAGCAGCAUCAUAUGAUCCUACUCAAGCACUUCACCGAGAAGAACCACGCUGCUGUGGUGGAUGUCAAGACCCGCAAGAGAAAGACAGUGAAGGACUACCAGCUGAUCCAGCCGCAGGACUCCAGUGCUACAGGCUCCCACAGCCCAGGGUCCCAGGUCCAGGGCAUAGGUCAGGGUCAGGGACCCCCCCAGGCCCAGCUAACCCGCUACCUCAGUAACUUCACCUCCAUCAUCAGCCACCUGCUGCAGAGCAGUCAGGACAGCAGUACCCCCGACGCUGUGGAGGCCUCCUGGGUCGUCUCACUGGCCCUCAAGGGCCUCUACAACACACUCAAGAAGCACGGCGUUGCUGAGGCCCAGGAGGCCAUCCAACAAUCCGGUCUGACCCAGCUCCUGGUGAGGAAGUGCAGUAAGGGGACAGGCUUCAGUAAGCUGUGGCUGCUCCGAGACCUGGAGAUCCUCUCCAUAAUGCUCUACUCCUCCAAGAGAGAGAUCCACAGCAUGGCCCAGGGUCAGGACGGGGAGAGGGAGGAGAAGGAGCAAGACAAGGAGCAUGACUCGGACCACUCUAGUUGUUGUACCGACGACCCCGACCCCAACCGGCCUGACCCACUGGAGGGGCUCGACGAAGAGACUAAGAUUUGCUUCCAGAUUACCCAUGAUGCCUUAAACGCGCCCCUGCACAUCCUGCGGGCCAUGUACGAGCUGCAGAUGAAGAGAACGGACUCUUUCUUUCUGGAGGUGCAGAAGAGGUUUGAUGGAGACGUGAUCAAGACGGACGAGACAAUUAGGACGCUGGCUCAGAAGUGGCAGCCCACCAAGAGACCUCGCUCUGAGGAGAGGAGCACCAAGGCCGUGGACACUGACAUGAUCGUCGUGCCCUGUGUGUCCAAGCCCAGUCACUGUGAGAAGGCUACGGAGGAGACCACGGUGGUGACUCAGAAGCUGAUCACCAACACGGAGACUGACCUCCAGCUGAGCUACGCCAAGCAGCGCCGCACCAAGUCCUCCGCCCUGCUGCACAAGGAGCUGGACGCCCGCAGCAACCGCUCUGUCAGACAGUACCUAGUCAAGGUGAACCAGGCCAUCGCCACCCUGUAUGCCCGCCACGUGCUGGCGUCGCUGCUGGCUGACUGGCCCCAGGGGGCGCCACUGAGUGAGGAGGCUCUGGAGCUGAGCGGGGCAUCACACAUGGCCUACAUCCUGGACAUGCUGAUGCAGCUGGAGGAGCGACCACUCUGGGAGAGGAUUCUACAGAAAGUGCUGGUUGGCUGCAGCCAGAGCAUGCUGGGUAGUUUGUCUCUGACAGCGUGUCAGUUCAUGGAGGAGCCUGGCAUGGCCGUGCAAGUCCGGGAGUCUAAACACCCCUACGACAACAACACUAACUUUGAGGACAAGGUGCACAUCCCAGGGGCCAUCUACCUAUCUGUGAAGUUUGACUCCCGCUGUUACACUGAGGAGGGCUGUGAUGAACUUAUCAUGGGCAGCAGCUCUGACUUUCUCCAGGAUCUGCACAACUUCAGCGGCUCCCCACAGAAAUGGACUGACUUCGAGAUCCCUGGGGAUACUCUGCACUACAGGUUCAUCUCAGACAUGAGCAACACAGAGUGGGGAUACAAAUUCACUGUCACUGGGGGACACAGGGGCCGCUUCCAAACAGGUUUUGAGAUCCUAAAACAAAUGUUGGCUGACGACCAAGUGCUCAGCCACCUCCCAUUGGCUGACAUCUGGGAGUGGCAGGUGGGCGUGGCCUGCCGCCAGACCGGGAACCAAAGACUGAAGGCCAUCCACCUGUUGCUCCGCCUCCUGCAGUGUCAAUCACAGAGGGGCUGUGAGCUGACUCUGCUGAGGCCUCUAUGGCAGCUGUUCAUGACCAUGGAGAGCGGUCUGAGUCAGGACCCCACCAGUAUCACUGUACUGCUGCCCCUACACAGAGCACUCACGGAGCUCUUCUUCAUCGCAGAAGACAGGGCCAUGGAGGAAGGCAUUCUCCAGGAGUACCUAUUAGCCCUGACCACCAAUGAACAGCUCCUAGCCCGCACAGCACUGGCUCUGAAGAACAUCGCAGCCAUCAGUCUGGCUAUCAAUUAUCCCAAUAAAUCCACCAAGCUGCUCAAUACAUCCCCCUGAGAAUGGAGAGAGAGAGACGGAACAGUGGAGAGAGAGGAGGAAAAAAAGAAAGCUAGCGACUUGGGGGGUGGAUAUCCUCACAUCCUGUCUCUGCCAGCUCUGAAAGAGGGAUGAAGGGGUGGAUAUCCUCACAUCCUGUCUCUGCCAGCUCUGAAAGAGGGAUGAAGGGGUGGAUAUCCUCACAUCCUGUCUCUGCCAGCUCUGAAAGAGGGAUGAAGGGGUGGAUAUCCUCACAUCCUGUCUCUGCCAGCUCUGAAAGAGGGAUGAAGGGGUGGAUAUCCUCACAUCCUGUCUCUGCCAGCUCUGAAAGAGGGAUGAAGGGGUGGAUAUCCUCACAUCCUGUCUCUGCCAGCUCUGAAAGAGGGAUGAAGGGGUGGAUAUCCUCACAUCCUGUCUCUGCCAGCUCUGAAAGAGGGAUGAAGGGGAUGGAGAGAAAGAAACACCCUCUGAAUGUCUUCCUACAACAGCAGAACUGUAAAAGGGAUUCACUCCUUCCUUCCCUGCUUCUAUUCUCUCUCAAUCCCCAUGUCUAUCCUCUCUCAAUCCCCCUGUUUUCCCUCUCCAUCUCUUUAUACUAUUUUUACUGACUGGGGAGAAGGGGGGCUAACUCGACAACAACACAUCACUCUAUCACAAUCCUUUUGCCUUAGGUGAAUACAAUGUAUCAGCAUCGUGUGGGUUUCAAAGAAAGAAGAUAGCCUAGCCGUGUCUCUUUGUUUCGGAUUAAGAUGCUGUAGAAGCCCCUCUGCUAAAGCAAAUUAAGUGUGCCAAAUUUGUCACCUUUCUGUGGAGAAAUAGAAGUUUAUUUUCUGUUUAUUCUUUUUAUUUUUAAACAAAAGCCACCUUGGUUUUAGAAAAUCGGUCGCUCAUGGAGAAAGCGGGUCACCUUGCCUAGCUCCCCGAAUCCAUGUCUCUCUGUGGACAAUGUAGAGCAGAACUAAAAAUACAGCUACAGCCCAGAACAGGAGAGAACAUUUCUGUUUAGGCUCCUGAGCCUCAGAUUUGUCACCAUGGGGAGAGAGAGAACUGAGCUCCGACCUAACAUCUCCACUGUGUUUUCUCCACAGCUUCCUCCUUUUUGUGAACAUAGAGGACAACUGUUUUUGGCCCCAGUGUCAUAUGUCUAUAUCACAGUACUUCAUUUAGGGGGUCAUACGGGGUUACUCUGGAAAUAGUCUCAUGUUGUCAUACUUUCUAGUCUCAUUCAUUUGGGAAACAGAAUGGGAGAUUUUGAAAUCUAGGUUCCUCUAUAUAUUGGAUUUCAGUAUAUUCACACAGUAUAUUGGAUUUCAGUAUUUUCACGCAGCGACAUAAUGGGAUACAUUUUCAUCUAGGUUCCUCUAUAUAUUGGAUUUCAGUAUAUUCCCAAGGUAUAUUGGAUUUCAGUAUAUUCACACAGACUAUAGGUAUAUGCACCUGUUGACAUGGUAAAAUGACACAGUGCAUGGACAUGGCACCAAUGUGGUUAACACGAGAACUCACUUUUGUCGACAGUCACUGGUGUUGGCUAAUUAUGACACGAGUGAAAUGCUCGACCACCACGCACCACUGUAGAGUUGUCUGCAUGACAGUGGUCAUCUAUUGAUGGGGGUUAUAUUAUAUAUUCACACUCUGGCUGUAUACUGUACUGUAGCUUCAAAGGACACACAUGAGGGGAAAGUGUGUUCCUGCCAUUUCUGUUCAAAGGGAGAACGGGGUUAGUCAACUGUGUGAUAUGAAGCCCAUUGUACAGCAAACACACACACACACACACUGUAUAAUGUGGCUAGUUUAUUAUAGUAGCCUGGCGGUCCAUGCUUAAUGUGCCAUAACCAACCUCUAGCUUGUGUUCCUUCAUUGUCAUGCUAAAACUACUUGAGAAUUGGCUAUAACACAUACAGUAUGUGGACCUCUCUAUUAAAUAGUGAGUAUUACCUCCACAUAUCAGAACUAUGGAUAUUUGACCUGAAUGACAUGCCAAAUUGAGAUAUUGAUGCGGGCAUGUGAUUGGUUGUGGUCAGAUAGGUGUGUGAGCUUUCUGGAGUGUUAUUGGUUCUCAUCAGAAACAUAUGAACUUCUUAUGUUUCAUGAUCACAUGUAGAAUUAAAUUGUUUUUGUUUUAGUUCUUUAGAUCUUUUUUUUAUUUGUAUUAUUAUUCCUUUUUUCCCCCUUUUGAUAAAUUCUCCUGAUCAAAUAGAUUAAAAGACAAAUGCCCUUUAUUCUAAAACAGCUUCCUUGGGGUGAAUUGGAUCGACGAUUCUAUUGCAGUGUUAUUUAGUACGGUGAUGGAAAUUCAUUGCAAUAUUCAGAGUUGUAUUUUUGUUUGAAGUUUUAUGUGUGUGGCAUAAUUGAAUAGGGAAGACGACGGAUGCCAAAGAAUACCCCUUUUGUCAAAUCAUUAAAUGUGUCUGAUAUGAUA